CGACCGAGGCCUGCGGCUCUUAGGUUUUUUCUGGGCCGCUCACUUUAUCUUCGCUCGUUUCUUCUGUGGCCGAGCAGCAGCAGCUGCUCUUAGCUUCGGUUCGUUUGUCUUCUCUCCUCUCCGAGAUCAAAUCUUUCUUGCUUGGUUUUUGAUUCGCCAAGGUUGAAAUGGGCAAAACAAAGAACCCAACUGUCUUCUUGGAUGUGGCUAUUGGUAGGGGUCCUGCAGAAAGGAUGGUCUUUGAGCUAUUUGCUGACAUUGUUCCCAAGACUGCUGAAAACUUUCGGGCACUCUGCACAGGUGAGAAAGGAGUUGGACCCUCAACUGGGAAGCCUUUGCAUUACAGGGGAUCCAUCUUUCAUCGUAUUAUAAAAGGGUUCAUGGCACAAGGUGGUGACUUUGCAAAGCGAGAUGGAACAGGUGGAGAGAGCAUAUAUGGUGGAAAAUUUCCAGAUGAAAAUUUUGUGCUACGUCAUGAUGGUCCUGGUCUUCUAUCUAUGGCAAAUGCUGGUCGUGACACUAAUGGCUCCCAGUUCUUUAUUACUUUCAAGGCUGCUCCCCACCUUGAUGGGAAACAUGUUGUUUUUGGGAAGCUUAUAUCUGGAGAAGAAACUUUGAGGAACAUAGAGCAUGUUGAAGUUGAUGGUUCCAAACCUGUUGUUCCAGUUAAGAUUACUAACUGUGGCGAAUUUAAUGCUACUAAAGACCAUGGAGCGGUCGUGCAUGACAAAAAGAAAGUUGUUAAACCAAAAUCAGUGAAGGAUUUCUCUUCUUCUGAUGAUAGCCGUGAAGGACGCCGUAGGGGACGUCAUAAGAAAUCUUCUAAAGCAAGGAGGAAGAAAAGGAGAAGAAGAUAUUAUUCAUCAGAAUCGGAUAGUUCAUCGGAUACAGAAACUGAAUCUUCAGAGUCUGACAGUGAUUCUGAUUCUUAUUCAUCGUCAUCUGAUAUCAGCAGUUCAAGUGAUGACAGGCGGCGGCGAAGGAAGAAGUACUCUAGGCGAGACAAAUACAAGCGUGGGAAGAGGAAGAGGGAUAGGAGGCGCGAUAAAAGGCGUAGAAGGCGUGAUAAAAAAUCAAGGCGCAAGUCAAGAAGGGUAACUGAAAGCGACUCAGAAACUGAGAGUACAAGUGGUGGCAGCUCUGAUGAUGAUAGAGAAAACAAUCAACACCGAAUGCGGAAGUCAAAAGUAUCUUCUCAAAUUUCUGUUGAAGACCAUCCACCACCAGAUGUGGAGAAGGAAACUAUUGCAAAUUGGCCAAAAGAGGGUGAAACAAAUGAGAUGCCUGCAGGAGAAGCAGCCAAAUCACCAAGAGAAAAUGGGGAGAUGCGGUGCAAUGGCAUCUCAGAACCAAAGUCAGACAGAGAUGAGAAUAGGCUGCUAGCUGCAGAUGGCAAGCCAAGCAAAUCUAGGAGCCAAAGUGUGAGUGCUAACCAGUCCAUGAGCAAGAGUAUGAGUAUCAGCCCCAGAAGGAGUCCAAGCAAAAGCCAUAGUGUCAGCCCUAGAAGGUCUGUGAGCAGGAGCCCUCCUCCACGAAGUCUUAGUAGAAGCCCUGCUCUUGCACACCGAAGGAGUAGUCCAAGUCCAGCUAGAAGAAGCUUCAGCAGAAGCCCGGCUAGAAGUGUCAGCAGGAGCCCAGUUAGAGGUGUUAGCAAAAGUCCAGUGGCCAAAAGUCAGAGAAGCAUAAGCCGAAGCCCGGUUAAAGUUCGUCCAAGAAGCAUCAGCAGAAGUUCAGGUAGAUCCUUGCCUCGAAGAAGUCCUAGUAGGAGCCUGGAGAGGGCUCCUAGGCGAAGAAGCAUAAGCAGAAGCCCUGUCAGGGAGAAACGAAGGAGCAUUAGUCGAAGCUCAGCAAGGCCUCUAGCACGGAGAAGUCCCAGCAGGAGUCCAAUAAGGCCUCCCAGGAGAAGAAGUGUAAGCAGAAGCCCUGUAAGGUCUCGAUCACGAAGAAGCAUCAGCAGAGGUCCAGUGAGUCCGGUUCGCAGGGCAUUAUCACCACCAUCUAACCAUGGUAGAAGUUUGUCAAGAAGUACUUCCCCGGAUGGUUCACCAAAGCGCAUCAGAAGGGGUCGAGGUUUCAGUGAUAAGUACUCCUAUGCUAGAAGAUAUCGGACUCCUUCUCCUGACCGUUCUCCUGUUAGAUCUCAUCGCUAUGGUGGUAGAGGCGAUCGUGACAGGUAUUCUAGCUACAGAAGCUUCCGUGACCGUACGCCCCCAAGGCGAUAUAGGAGCCCUCCAAGAGGAAGAACGCCUCCAAGGUACAGAAGCAGGAGGAGCCGCACUCGGAGCAUUUCACGUAGCCCUGUUGGUUACCGUGGCCGAGCAAAAGGUGGCUACAGUAGGAGCCCAGCCCGUAGUCGUUCACCUGUUGCUGUGAGAGUAAGGUCCCGUGGUGCACGAGAUGGGGCCCGUUUUGAGAAGCGCAGGUCAAUUUCCAGGAGCGGAAGCCCCUCUGGAUCGCGCUCCAGGUCUCCGUCCAGAUCCAGGUCCAGGUCUCGGUCAUCCCCUGAUACUCCCUCUCCAAAGCGCGCGAGCAAGGAGAUGUCAAGGUCACCAUCCAGCAGUUCUGGCGGAAAGAGAGGCUUGGUUUCAUAUGGAGAUGGGUCACCUGAUUCUGGCGGGGAGUAGAGAACAAAAUUUUCACGAGCUUACACAGUUUAUUAGAUCAGGAUGUCUUAGCUGAGUACUAUUUUGGUGCCUAGUAUGUUUUUUUAAAAAAAUCAUUUAUGUCGGGAUUUGUUUCGUCACUCUGUGAUGGAUCUAUCAUAUACUUCAUAGGCUACCGUCUAUGUUCUAUAAUAUUUUGAGCUUGGAUUUAUAGACAUGUACUGUUUAUGAUCUU